CUGAAGGCCAAUAUCCGCCAUUCCAAGUCAUCGACGACACGCACCAUGCCGGCAUCAUCAUCAUCACCGCUGCCAUCUGCAUGGUCAUCUCGCUGGUGUGUCUGCUUAUCCGCGUGUAUGUGCGUCUUUUGCUGAGUCCCCCUUUUGGGGUGGACGACCUCAUUCUCCUCGGUGCGACUAUCUUUGGAAUUGUGGAAUCCGUGAUCGUCUUUUAUACCGCCUCGAUCGGAUUCGGGACGGCGAUCAGCUUGCUUUCCGAGGAUGCCAUCUGGACUGUGCAGAGGUCUCUGGUUGCGAGUGACGUUCUCUAUCUGAUAACGCUGUAUCUGUCCAAAUGCUGCAUUAUUGCGAUUUACCUCCGUCUGACGCCGCGACAGUCGCAUCAGACUCUGCUGUGGGGGACGUUGGCGUUGAGUACGCUGGGGGUGUUCAUCUCGAUUGUGAUUCUCACGGCGGAUUGUGCGCUGAAUCGACCGUGGAUUACGCCUGCGGAGAGUUGUUCAAAUCUAUUCUCGCGAUGGCAAUUCAUCACAGCGCUGGACAUCAUCACCGAAUUAUUCCUCUUCAUCUUCUCCAUCGCCCUUGUUUACGGCCUUCAAAUGCCGUACAACCAUAAAUCUAUCAUUACGAUCUCUUUUGCAGCUAGACUACCCAUCCUCAUCUUCACCUCCCUCCGCCUCUCCCACCUACGCACCUAUGCAGCCUCCACCAACCCCUCCUUCGACGCAAUCCCCCACUCCAUCUACACCCAAAUCGAACUCAACUACUCCCUCAUCUCUUGCACCGUCUUCUGUCUCCGCCCGUUUAUGAACGCCGUCUCCACAUCCUACGGAACAGCCGGCGAUGAAAAUCUCGAAAGCAGCUCACGCUCACGCAGCGGAUACGCAUCACGAUCGAGAAGCACACAACACAGCUACGCGCUGCGCUCGCUGAAUCACUCGACUACUUCCGAGCCAGUGCCUGAAGGGCUGUUUCUGCCGAAAGAUAGCGCGCACGGGGAAACCGUUAUUACGGGCGGCGAUGAGAAUAGCAUUCGGAGUGAUGCGAGUACGAGGAUGAUUAUUCAGAAGAAUGUCGAGUACACGGUUCAUCGGUCGGAUCGAGAGUAAUACGUCUAAUAGAACGGAUAUAGUAAUAUUCUGACAUGUCAUUUCGCAGUGGUGACGGCGUUCAACUGAAGAUAAUGAUGACGCAACGGCACCAAGUAUAUAAACGCAUCCUCAUUCUAGUCGGAAUAUUCACCCACCAUCUUUCCCA